GGCGGCUCGGUGCUAAAGGAUGAGUGAGACGUAGCCUGGCUUCUCCCUAGCAAGUUCUCACCGGGCUUGGGUUCAGACCCAGAAAGGGAACUAGGAGCGAAGCUCACAAGACCCGGCGGGCAGGACUCCCGGGCUGCGGAGCACUCCCGCGUGUCGGGAGCUUGGAGUCCCCGCGGCUAGAGAAGCAUCAGGACUCCUGCUCGCCAAGGGUGCCAGUGGACUCCAGGGUCUCUGGUUCCUCGAGUCCAGCGCAGCGAGCCUCACAGACGCGCUCUGCCCCGGGACCGCGGCGGAACAAGAUCGAUAAUUGAAAUCAUUGCAGUUACCAGCUACAGAAAUGGGCAGCAAAACCUUGCCAGCACCGGUGCCCAUCCACCCUUCCCUGCAGCUCACCAAUUACUCUUUCCUUCAAGCAGUGAACGGCCUGCCAACAGUCCCCUCGGACCACCUACCCAACCUGUAUGGUUUCAGUGCUCUGCACGCUGUGCAUCUGCAUCAAUGGACUCUGGGCUACCCAGCCAUGCACUUGCCACGUUCCUCUUUUUCUAAAGUGCCAGGUGCGGUGUCCAGCCUAAUGGAUGCUCGCUUCCAGCUGCCUGCCUUUCCCUGGUUUCCUCAUGUCAUCCAUCCUAAGCCAGAGAUCACUGCCGGAGGCAGCGGGGCCGCGCUUAAGACCAAACCCCGAUUUGAUUUCGCUAACUUGGCCCUGGCUGCCACACAAGAAGACCCCACCAAGCUUGGCCGAGGGGAGGGCCCUGGCUCCCCUACAGGUGGGCUGGGCGCACUGCUGGAUGUGACCAAGCUAUCCCCAGAAAAGAAGCCAACCAGGGGACGCCUGCCUUCCAAGACCAAGAAGGAAUUUGUCUGCAAGUUCUGUGGCCGCCACUUCACUAAGUCCUAUAACCUACUUAUCCACGAGCGGACACACACUGAUGAGCGACCAUACACCUGUGACAUCUGCCACAAAGCUUUCCGGAGGCAGGACCACCUACGGGACCACAGAUACAUUCACUCCAAAGAGAAGCCUUUCAAGUGUCAAGAGUGUGGAAAAGGAUUCUGCCAGUCCCGGACUCUCGCUGUCCACAAGACGCUACACUCACAAGUGAAGGAGCUCAAAACCUCCAAGAUCAAAUGCUAAAUAAACAGAGCCUGCGGGGCACCAGGACCCUGGGACCUGCGGCCGCCUUCUCUUCCGGAGGGGCUCAAGCUGAAAGCGACUCUGCGGGCGGCGGGAGGGGCUUUCGGGAUCUUCCUUCCACACCAACAUUGUCCCCUGGGUCCCC